AUGGGAGACGCCGGUGUCGACUCACAGAUUGUGUCUAGCGAGGCAGGCUACAAAAUUGCGGGACUCGGGCCCCAUGCCGUCAACCUAACUUACAGCGACUAUACCGUUGGAUGGAUCUGCGCGUUGCCAAGGGAGUUGACAGCGGCGACAGCUAUUCUAGACCAAAUACACCCGAAUCUUCCCAAGCCGUCAGAUGACCCUAAUGCAUACACACUAGGGUCUAUCGGCAAGCACAACAUUGUUAUAGCAUGUCUACCGAGAGGAGAAAUUAGCAAUAGUUCAAUUGCAAUCUCGGCGACGCAGAUGGCGCGCACUUUUCCGUUUAUAAAAUUCAGCCUCUUGGUUGGGAUCGGCGGCGGUAUUCCGCCCAAGGUUAGUCUCGGUGAUGUUGUUGUCGGCACUCCAGGGGAUGAGCAUCAGGGAGUGGUGGAGUGGGACUUUGGAAAGGCACAAGACGGUAGGCCGUUUGGUCGGGUUGGCGGGCAUAAUAGCCCUCCGACGGCGCUGUUAACAGCGUUGGCGAAGAUGGAGUCCCAGGGUGAGCUAUGGGGGUAUAAGAUACCUCAGUAUCUGGACGAUAUGGGGAGGAAAUGGCCAAACAUGGUGCCGGCGUAUACUCAUGCAUCAUGUCGCAAAGGGCACAGUAUCGCCCGCAUAGACCUUGAUCUAGAACAAGUGGAAAUGGAUGCACCCGAAAGGCGAUCCGAAGGCAUGCGCGUGCAUUACGGGCUAAUAGCGUCGGGUAGCCAGGCAGUCACGGAUGCGAGAUUUCGUGAUAGUCUUGAUGAGUAUCUUGGCGGGGACGUGAUGUGUGUUGAGACAGGCGCCGCAGGGCUGAUGGAUGACUUCCCAUGUCUUGUCAUUCGUGGAAUCAGCAAUUAUGCUGAUUCACAGACGACCGACGAGUGGCAGGAAUAUGCUGCAGGUGUAGCGGCAGCCUGUGCGAAGGAGCUUCUCCAGUAUGUACAGCCAAGUGAGGUUGUCGGAGAGCGCUCAGAUCAGGACAUCCUGGGUCAUGUCGUUGGCACGCUUGAAAUAAUAAGGUCCAAGAUGGCCAGAAACGAGGAUCUCGAGAUUCUUAAUUGGCUUACACCAAUUGACUAUGGCCCCCGUCACAGCGAGCUGAUAAGAAAAAGACAACCAGGCACUGGCCAGUGGUUUUUGGACUCUGAUGAGUACUGUUUUUGGCGAACCUCCGACUGUCAAACGCUAUUCUGUCCAGGCAUUCCCGGAGCAGGGAAAACAAUGAUGACCGCAAUCGUCAUCGACGACCUAACUACACGGCUCUUGCAGGAUCAGUCUGUUGGAAUAGCGUAUAUAUACUGCAACUUUCGCCACAAGGAUGAACAAAGGCUGGAAGACUUACUCGCAAGCCUUCUGAAGCAGUUGUGCCAGGACCGGCCUUUCGCGCUAGACAUCGUGCGACCUAUACAUAACAAGCAUAAAAACAAGCAAACACGGCCAUUGCUUGGAGAAAUUAUGCAGGCCCUCGUGUCUGUUGCGAGAAUUUAUUCAAGAGUCUUCAUCAUCGUUGACGCGCUGGACGAAUGCCAAACCUCCGAUGGUUGCCUAGCAGGGUUUCUAUCGCAGCUCACCAACCUCCAGGCACAAUGUGGUGUAAACAUAUUCGCCACUUCCAGGUUCAUUCCGCAAAUUUCGGAGACAUUCAAGUCCAGCACUAAAUUGGAAAUCCGUGCGCAUGACCAAGAUAUACGGGGAUAUCUACGCGCCCGGGUAUCACAACUACAGUCUACCAUUCUGGCAUCACAUAUUGAAGAUAUUCAAAAUAGCAUAACAGAAGCCGCAGAUGGAAUGUUUCUCCUGGCCCAGUUACACUUUGACACGGUCAAAACACGAAAAACAAUCAAAAAGGUUCGAGACAGCUUGAAAAGCCUUCCUACCGGGUUCGCAUACAAACAUCCAUAUAACGAUACUAUGCAACGCAUUUGGGAGCUGGACAGUGAUUCUCAAAAGCUCGCGAGAGAUACUCUCUCAUGGAUCACCUACGCAAAGAGACCGCUCUCGCCAACUGAACUUCAGCACGCCCUCGCCGUGGAGCACGACGAACCCGACCUCGGCCACGACAACCUUCCACAGAUUGAAGAGGCGAUCUCCGUUUGUGCCGGACUCGUCACGGUAGAUGAAGCCAGCGGCAUCAUUCAAUUCGCCCACUGUACGAUACAAGAAUACUUUCAGCAAACGCAGAAACAUUGGUUUCCAGAUGCAGAGACUAAAAUAGCACAAACAUGCAUCUCUUAUCUAUCGUUUCGCGCGUUUGAGACCGGACCGUGUCGAACAGGGUGGGACCUUACGGAGCGUCUGCACGUGUAUCCGCUCUAUGACUACGCCACAUGCAACUGGGGGCAUCACGCUCGUGGCGCUUCGACUUUAUUCUCUGAAGCUGUGGAAUUUCUGAAUUCUUUCCUUCAGAGAGCAGGGAAUGAUGCACGAAGUACAUUUGGUCAACGCAAAGACAGCAAUGCCUUGAAGAUUCGAGAUGUGUCUGGUCGGGCACUGCUGCCUUGGAGAGUGGAAGAUGGAGACAGUGGUCGACUUGACCACUGA